CAUGUGUAGCCUUGUCAGAUACUUGUUUGAGUUCAUUUGCAUGCUUUAAUCCCACGUUUGAUCACCUCCGUAAAGUACUUAAUUGUAAAUUAUGUGGAAAUGUGUACCAAAGUCGUAUCUUCACGUCUCAGCGGUCACACUAAAGAAGACACCUCUGGAUUUUAAAGGCAAAAGUCCUGCUGAUCAACGCUGGCUAAUGCGGCAGCUCACUGAUCCUUUCGUGAAAGCUGCUCAUGUGCAGAAUUACCGCUGUAGAAGUGCCUUUAAACUGGUCGAGAUAGAUGAUAAACACAGAAUUCUGAAGCCUGGCUUCAGUGUCAUAGAUUGUGGUGCUGCUCCUGGUGCAUGGAGUCAAGUGGCAGUCCAGAGAGUGAAUUCAACAGGAAAAAGUUUGGAUCUUCCUAAAGGAAGUGUAAUAGGAAUAGACCUAUUACGCAUUGCCCCUCUGGAUGGAGCCCACUUCCUGUCCAAUCAUGACAUCACUGAUCUUUCAACUCACAUGGAGCUGGAGAGACUCCUACCUGAGUCCCAAGCAGAUGUCAUUCUCAGUGACAUGGCUCCCAAUGCCAGCGGGCUCAGAGAACUGGAUCAUGAAAUUCUGGUUUCCACAUGUCUUUCAGUGCUGGACUUAGCUGAGAAGGUUUUGCGCCCGAGGGGCACUUUGGUUUGUAAAUACUGGGAUGGCGCUUUGGCACAUAAGCUCCAUCAGAAACUUUCUUCUAUGUUUCAAGAUGUAAGAAUUGUAAAACCAAAAGCAAGUAGGAAGGAGUCAGCAGAACUGUUUUUCCUGGCAAGGAUGUUCCAAAUUAGAUGAAGUCUUUUCCAUGCAAAUAGUAACAAAAAUAUAUAUAAUAAAAUACAUUAUUAGAAUGGUUUGUUUCCAAUACUCACCUGGGGAAAAAAACUUGUCUACAACCAGAUUCACUGCAUUAGAAAUUGGAAAGCAUUUAUUUUUUGGAUAUAAAUGCUAAAGCAGAAUAAGUAGAUUCAGAUUUUGAACUUCUCAAAUGUAGGUGUAUAGGCUCUAAAGUCAGAAAUGCAUAUGAUGGAUAUUCUCAUUUUGUCCAAAUAUGAUUUAAAAAGAGGUGGUUGAUGUGCAUCUAAAUUGCUUUUUAGUGAGUCAUUCUAUAUUUAGAGUGUGUUAUAGUUUCCUCCAAGUAAUUAUUAAUUUCUUCCAAAAAGCACAGGGGAAUAGUCAAAAAAGGAGAAAUAUUUACUAAUUUAUUUGAUGGAUUAGUUUCAUUUAAACUGAAAUCUUCAGUAGGGCUGCUUUAUGAACUUUUUGUUAAAAUAAAUUCAGCUUGCCAGAGGAUGGAGCUCUUGAGUUGUCUGUCAUAGGAAAGGAUUAGAAUUGUUAAACUCCCAGAACAUCAUGUGAACAUACCACAACAGCAUGAACCCCCCAAAUAUUUAGAGCUGGGUGCUUAGGAGUUAAAAAUCCUGUAUUGUCAUUUGCAUUUUAGCAAACUCUUGAAGUAUUGCUUAUUUGACAACACAUUAAUUUUGCAUUCCCCUAACUGGAAAGCUAAAUUGUUUGUGGGAUGCAAUACUGAAAAUCUGUUUUUCCAGUCGUGUAGAAAGAUGCAAUCAUUCUCUCAUUAUAAGCAGAGGAGCAGGAAGAGAGAAUGGAUAAGUGUCUUAUAGACAGUAUGACUAAUGAGAAUCCUUUGUCCCUAAAGCAGUGCAGUCUCACAGAUAUUAGACAGACACAUUAUUAUCAUCUCAGACACUUGGUUUCAGCUGUCCAACUUGGAAUGACAACCAGCAUGUGCUACAUGUAGAAACUGCAUUGAGAUUAGACCUAGUAAUCUUUUUUAAUAUGUGGAAUAUAAAUGUUUCAUUAAGAUUAGGGAACAUCUAUUAAUAAAAUACUUGUUAAUGAUUCAUAGAGUUUAGAUCAGACAAUGUUAAUAUAUUUCUCAUAAUGCCUCAUGAGUUUUGUCGAUAGACAUUUAUUCAUACAUUUGACAGAUAUUUUUAUAUUUCCAGUGAUUUCAAGGUUCAUUUUAUCAGCUUGUGAGUUCUCUGGGAAUCAAUCUCAUGACGUUGGCAAUGCUAGCGUCAUGCUCUUUGUUGCUGAUCCAUGCUAGUGUAAACAAACUUUUGAAGUAGCUCAAACCGUAUGCUGCAUGCUUAGUUGAGAACCUCUACAAAUAGACUGUCAGGUUUAACUCUGGAUUGCUCUAAUCUCGAGUUCAAGGAAUCUUCUACCGAGACUAAAAUAUACCUAAAUGAAUUCUGCCGGCAGCUCUUGCACUUUCAUAUUUGACUGAGCUACAACAUGUUCCUAUACAAUAUGGAAAUUCUUGCAACCACACUCUUUAAACUGUGUCAGCAAUGUAUAAUUUGUGCUGGCAUUGGUCAAUUUUGAAAGCCAUGGUUUUUGAUCAUCACUCUGAUGUAUUGUUUUGAUGUAUUUAGUCUUGGGGAGCAAUCCACUCUUACAUCAAUGACAUGUCAAAGAGUCUUGAGGAUUCAUUAUUGCAGAUUAAGGAAUUUAUUUGAGAGCUUAGUUCUAUACUCUUGUUAACUGUUAUGAGUAUAUAGUGCCUUAAGGGAUUCAACCGCAUUGAAUAAAAUGAAAAUGCAAGUGAUGUUGUUAAAUUUAAAAUAGCUUUUUGGCACCGAAGUUAACUCCAUGUUCUUUACUUUUAAGUGCUCUUACUAUAAGUUUGAUCACUUUUAACUCUAGUCAAUCAGGAAAAAGUGCUUCUGGAGAAAAUAACUGGUCAAAUCCUCUCCAAGCCCUUGAGUUCACAACAAUAAUGUGCUGUCUAACAUUGUGAAUGACUUGAGUUAAGAGUUGAUUCAGGAUAUCAAAUGGAAACUUCUUAUUCUAAACCUGUUAGUUUGGCAAUAUUCAGAAGUGUGAAUAACUGUGAUGAAUUUAUUAGACCAGAUUCAUAUAUACUCCAUGAGCGCAGCAUGAGCUGUGCAUGUUCAUUUCGGUGCCCAUAUUAACAGAUCACAGCCUUCACAUUGCAUUGGUUGUAGCAUCCCAGACACGGCAGUGAGCAGCUACUUUCGGGGUUGUGCCUAUAUUUACCGUGCAGCUCAUGCUGGCUUUGUGUGUUGUAGAAAAUUAUAAUAAUUGCAAAAGACACAAAUGAAAAAUAUUUAAAUGGAACCUACAUUACGCUACAAUUUACAG